AUAAUCUGGCCCUACCCCCGAGAGAAUAGUAGGGCUACCACCCACCUGAACACUCCGGUAUGCCAGAUUAUAUACGUAACAUGCCCACGCAUAGGGGGUGGGAGGGUUAGUUGUGGGGGGGAACUAUUAUUGUUCUCCCACCCACCACAACUGUAGGGGCCCUGCAGGGGCGGGAGAGUACCAUCAGGUCCAGUCAAGCCCCGCUGCAAAGCCGCGGGGUAGGCGAGUUAAUGAGUUGGAGAGCACUCCCCUGGGGGCCCCCUCUCUGAAUUAAGGCGAGGGAAGGCCCCUACCUAUAUAACUAACUGUUCGCUCUCCCGAGGGCGGGCAUAAAUGAUCUGAAUGAUGACCUGGAUGAGAACCGGGGCCUUUCCAGUUAGUGACUAAAGACUCAUAAACGUCGAGUUGUUGUUAGUUAGUGACUUAGAUACAAUGCAUGGCAUGCAACUCACUUUCACUUCAGGAUCCCCACCCACGUAGUUCGCCGGUGAAACCAACGACUCUUUCUACUCCUAUCAGAUCGAGAACCCGGGGGAGCACUCGACCCAACCGGGGGUCGAGGGGCGAGCCCCCGCCAACCGUAGGGCCCUACCGCCCCUACUAUCUAUAGGCAGAGAUAGGCUCUACCGGGGUUGGGUGGGAACUAUAGUGCGCAACGGGCACCCUAGAAUUCCCACCCCACUGCCAUUAAUCAGUCAAUUAAUGCGCCAUUGUAGGGCCAUAGCCAUAGAACCGGAGGGGUAGGGGAUUGCACUCGAUAGUUGCUAGAAUAAGCCGCCCUUUAUUCCAUUCCCGAAGCGGGGGUGGGCCCCUACUAUUCUAUGGUGGAGGAUAUAGUAUCUGGAGGGCCCCUACUAUUCUAAGGUAGCCGCAAGGUGCUUAAUUAUUCUGCAGGGUGAUAACUAUGGGUGGGUAGGCCCCUACUAUUCUAUGGCCCCCUACUAUUCUCAAGGGCCGGGUUGGGUGGGAACUCUAGUUCGGAACUAUCCCAUCUCAGGUGAAGGGCGGGGCGGGUUGACAGUACUCGAAGCAACGGAACGGAGCGGAGUUGUUUAUGACUCAGAGGCAUUCUCAUCACUUGGUAGAUCCAAGUCCAUGGCCUAUUUCGGGUUCACUCGGAGCUUUGGCAACCACAGUUGGAGGUGUUAUGUACAUGCACUCAUUCACGGGGGGUUCAACACUCCUCAGUUUGGGCUUGAUCUUCAUCCUAUAUACCAUGUUUGUACGGUGGCGCGAUGUGAUACGUGAAUCCACGUUGGAGGGACAUCACACCAAAGUCGUACAAUUCGGACUUCGAUAUGGUUUUAUUCCGUUCAUCGUAUCGGAGGUCAUGUCCCCCUUCGCUUUCUUCCGGGCUUUUUUCCAUUCCCCUUUGGCGCCUGCGGUAGAAAUUGGAGGUAUCUGGCCCCCAAAAGGGAUUGGGGUUUUGAAUCCCUGGGAAAUCCCUUCUCCUAAUACGCUUAUUCCCCUUUCAUCCGGAGCUGCCGUAACUUGGGCUCAUCAUGCUAUACUCGCGGGGAAGGAGCGACAAGCAGUUUACGCUUUAGUAGCCACCGUUUCACUGGCUCUAGUACUCACUGGGUUCCAGGGAAUGGAGUAUUCUCAAGCACCUUUCACUGUCUCGGAUGGUAUUCACGGUCCUACGUCCUUCUCAGCAACUGGGUUUCAUGGUUUUCAUGUGAUUAUAGGGACUCUUUUCCCAAUCAUAUGUGGUAUUCGCCAAUAUCCGGGUCAUUUGACCAAGGAGCAUCACGUUGGCUUUGAAGCAGCUGCAUGGUACUGGCAUUCCGUAGACGUGGUUCGGUCAUUCCCAUUUGUCUCUAUCCAUUGGUGGGGAGGUCUACGAAGGGACGCAUUAUAGAUAGGGGUGGAUUGGGAAAUGAGAGCUUAUUGGCGGGGAGGGGACGCAUUAUAGAUAGGGGUGGAUUGGGAUAUGAACUUUUUUUGAGAUCGGGGACAGAGAUAACCCAAGAUAGAAAAGGAAGCCUUUUGGUCGCCGCUUCCCUACUCCCUCUGAUGAUCAUAUCGGACGAAGUUUAUCUCACUUUGCUACCGGAUAUCUAUU